AUGAAGUUCAAGGGCCUGGGGAAGAAAGCCGACAAGGAGAACGCGACACCCACGAAGGUUACGGACUCGACGAGGAACACUUUGGCGGAGGAGAGCAGCCUAGGAACACGGGGGCAGGGUCAGUCCACGAGGGCUACCAGGAGGUACGCCUGCAUAUACGAAGCGCAAAGGUUCGACCUGCCUUCUCCAGGGCUCCUGGACAACAGCCCGAGGACCAGGGCGCGCGGCGCUAGCAGCCUCCCGGUGGAAUGGGGACGUACCGCUAUGGAGCAACACUGUCACAGACAGAGAACCGUACCUGGAGAGGACGACGGGUGGGAGAGGGAGAUGAGGGAUGGCCUUGACAGUCUCCAGCUGCAGAUCAAGGAGCUGGACGACCGCUUCCUCGCACGGCGCAUGUCCGAAGGAGGCGAGGUUCAGCAGUGCGCGACCAUUUCGAGAAACCAACGAGAGUACGUCCUACCCACACCGCCAUACAGCCCCACGGAGGCGAUAUUCCCGAGCGUUCAAGGGAGCGGAGAGCCGUUGUCGCCUUCGGCCAGUCCCGGUACGGAUAGAGAGGAUCUUUGGGAUCUCAUCCUGCAGUUCCCGCCUCCGCCGCCACUCUUGAAUCUUCCUAGGCAUUCGUUGUUGUCUCUCGGAAUGGCGGAGCCUCGUCCUAGCGGUUUUGUCCCGGAAUCGCGAGGCUUGCAGACGCCUCCAAUGACGCCUCUCGCCGACGGACACAAUCCGCGCCGCCGCAAGUCCUUCGAGUUGGAGUCGAUAGACCAGCUGCUGUUGGACCCCACGGCGUUCCAGGCACCUAGUCACUCAAGGAGGCCAUUGAUGGAGAAUCCGGGACGGUACAACCAAAGGCCUAGGAACCAGAGGUCGGUUACCGCGGGAAAGGAGAAUUUUCCAGUUCAGAGAAGAGGUCAGGCGUAG